AAAACGGAGUUCAAUUUAAAAUGAACGUUAUUAUCUCGACAUUGUAUCUAUCAUCUAUUAGUCAGUCAAUUCAAUGCAUUAUUCAACGAAAGAAUUCGCAUUAUUCACUUUCAGUGCUAUUGUCAUAUUACAUAUAUAUUUAUUUAAAGAUGAAAUUCAAUUGUAUAUGAUUCAACAAUAUAAUAGAACAAUUAUUUCAAUGUUCAAUUUACAACAUAGUCUAUUGAUCCGACAAGAUGAUUCAAUUACUUUCGGAUUAAUUUGUACAAUAAUUAGUGUACUAUUAUUAAUAAUUAGUGGAUUAUAUAUUACUUAUAAAGUUUUUAUGUGGAUUUUACACAAUUUAUGUGAUGUUGUAUAUUACCAAAAACUGAUCGAUUUAUUUCAAAUGAUAUUUAUGAGUAUUUUCAGUAAAUUCAAACUCAUCAUACCUCACAAUGAACAUGUCAAAUUGGAAUGAAUGAAUGAAUGAAUGAACGAAAAAAAGCAAUUGGGGAAGAAUUAUUUUCAUAUUUUAAUAUGUGAACAGUUAGUUCAAUAGUCUUCUUGAUAAUUUAUUGAUUUCUGUACAGAUAUUUUAAUGAUAUUGAUGAGAUGUUGUAGUUUGUAAUACAAUAACCUAUAAAGAAGGAUAAUAAUUGAGUAGUAUAUUUUUAUUUUAAAUGUAGAUUUAAUUGUUGGG